UUACAUCAUUAAUUGAUUAAUUAAUUACUCUUCACUCUCCCGGUAAGCUGCCCAUCCCGUCCGCUAUCUGCGCUUGUUUUUUUUCUUCCACAUUCUCGCCGCGUUUUCCCCCGGAAGGAAAUGAAAUGAGGAGAAUCUGAGUCAAGCAAAGGAGGAAUCCCAUGAAGUUCCGUUCCAGAAUGCACCGCUUCUUCUCCAUCUUCAUCGCCCUCUGCUUCGCCUUCAAGCUCUCAUCUGGAGUUGGACCAUAUGUGAUGAGGAUUAGUUGUGGAGCUAGGACAAAUGUUCAUAGUAAACCCACAAACACUCUAUGGUAUAAAGAUUUUGCGUAUACGGGUGGAAUUCCAAUUAAUGGGACCCGUUCCAGUUUCAUCAGCCCACCACUCGAAACUGUUCGGUACUUCCCAUCGUCAGCAGGACCAGAAAACUGCUACGAUAUCAAGAGAGUGCCACGGGGACACUACUCAGUGAGGAUUUACUUUGGGUUGGUGAUAGAUCCAAUUUUAGACAGCGAACCGCUGUUUGAUGUGUCUGUUGAAGGAACCUUAAUUUAUUCUAUGCCAUCUGGCUGGACCAAUAAUGAUGACGAGAGAGCGUUUGUUGAAGCGCUUAUGUUUCUUGAAGAUGGGACCGCCUCGCUGUGCUUUCACAGCACAGGCCAUGGGGACCCCACAAUACUCGCUAUCGAGAUCCUCCAAGUGGACGAUAGGGCGUACCACUUUGGUACCGAAGGACCUAAGGCAAAAAUCCUAAGGACUCAUAGGAGACUUAGCUGUGGCGCUGAGAAAUCAAAAUUUGAUGUUGACUACCACGGAGACUUCUGGGGUGGGGACCGCUUCUGGAAUUCGAUCACUACAUUUGGUCAAGACUCUGAUCGUUCGAUAUCCACACAAGAAAGUGUCAAAAAGGCCUCUCUUCGACCAAAUGUUUAUCCAGAGGCUAUUUACAAAUCAGCUAUUGUUGGUACUGAUGACCAACCAGAUUUAACGUACACGGUGGAUGUGGAGCCAAACAGGAAUUACUCUGUCUGGUUUCACUUUGCAGAGAUUGAGUCAUCUUCUGUUACAGGAGAAGGUCAAAGGGUGAUCGAUAUCAUGAUAAAUGGGGGUGCUGCUUUUCAAGAUUUCGACAUUGUGAAGAUGGCAGGUGGUAUUAACACUGCUGUUGUACUUAACAAGACAGUUGCAGUCAAUGGGAGGACUUUGACUAUAACAUUGCAAGCUAUCAAAGGACGCUAUGCUAUAAUCAAUGCCAUUGAGAUUUUUGAGAUUAUAGCUGCUGAAUCCAAAACUGUAUCAGAUGAAGUGAAGGCCUUGCAGAAACUGAAGAGUGCACUUGGACUUCCACUUCGUCUGGGAUGGAAUGGCGACCCUUGUGUUCCACAGCAACAUCCAUGGAGCGGAACAGAUUGUCUACUUGACAAAGCUUCUAAUAAAUGGGUCAUUGAUGGGCUGGCACUGGACAAUCAAGGUUUGCGGGGUUUCUUACCGAACGAGAUUUCCCAAUUGCGUCAUCUUCAGAGCUUAAAUCUGAGUGGAAAUAGAAUUCAAGGGCACAUUCCCCAAACACUUGGAUCGGUGACUAGCCUAGAGAAGCUGGAUCUUUCGUAUAAUCUUUUCAAUGGAUCCAUUCCAGAAAGUUUAGGACUAUUGACCUCAUUAAAGAUAUUAAAUCUUAAUGGCAACUCCCUAUCUGGACGAGUUCCUGCUGCAUUGGGCGGAAGACUUUUGCAUAGGGCUAGCUUCAACUUUACCGAUAACGCGGGACUAUGUGGUAUUCCCGGAUUGAGAUCUUGUGGGCCUCAUCUCUCUUCUGGUGCCAAAGUCGGGGUUGGAGUCGGGGUUGCAGUGGCAUUGUGUGCAAUCUUCACAUUCUUAACUGUUUGGUGGAAACGAAGGCAAAAUAUUCUUCGUACCCAAAGAAUUGCAGCUCGAGGGGCGCCUUAUGCAAAGGCAAAAACCCAUCCCGGGGGUGUGCAAAUGGCAAGAAAUCAUGUUGGCCAAGAAAACACUCGAGCAGCCGCUGAAAAUGGACCUCCACUGCUUACUUGAACUAACCAGAGCUCUGAAACUUCACACGAGAUACCCAUUUUUGUCAGCUGAUGAUAAUAUUCAUAUUUUUUUUAUCUAUAUUCAGUGAACUUCUUACUCCCAUUUCAAUGUGUUUUUAACUUUAUUUGGACAAUAGAAUCAAAGAAGGCAAAGAAGGUCAGGUGUAUUUCCCCUUGUAACAAUUGUAUUGUUAGCAUGCAGCAAAAUAGAUGAAGUAGAAAUUGUAGGGAUCUAAAUUGUGCUAUAUGUUGCACUUAUACGAGUACGGGAAUACGUGGACACGGACAUGGCGAUACAAACUAUUUUGUGUAA